GAAUUUCAACUUCCAUCUUCACCAAACCAAACACAAUUUACAAACUUUUUCCUCAGCUUCUCUUCUCCCACCUACGUACAGUGCUCUUCUUCUUCACCAAAGUCAUCUCAUCCAUGGCCAUUACCAGCACUCCCACCUUUCACCUUCUUCUGCUCCUUCUUUUCUCUUUAGGAAAUGUGGGGUAUGGAACUGUAUUCACUCUCCAAAACCAAUGCAGCUACACAGUAUGGCCAGGGACGCUAUCCGGAAACGGAGCGGGGAUUCUAGGGGAUGGAGGUUUCGUGUUACAGUCCGGUGAGUCGGUCCAUCUCACAGCACCACCGGGAUGGUCGGGUCGGUUCUGGGGCAGGACCCAAUGCAACUUCGACGAGUCUGGUAAUGGAAAGUGCGAGACCGGAGACUGUGGCCCGCUAAAAUGCACCGGAGGUGGGGCCCCGCCCGUAACCCUAGUGGAGUUCACAAUCGGGUCGACCUCAACCGACAAGGAUUUCUACGACGUUAGCCUCGUCGACGGUUACAACGUCGGUAUGGGAGUCAAGGCCGUCGGAGGAACCGGAGAUUGCCAGUACGCAGGUUGCGUCAACGACUUAAAUGGGAACUGCCCCGCCGAGCUCCGAGUGACGGAAUCGGGUUCGGGUUCUACAAUCGCGUGCAAAAGCGCGUGCGCGGCUUUCAACGCGCCGGAGUUUUGCUGCACUGGGGAUCACGCGACGCCGCAAACAUGCUCGCCGACUCAGUACUCGGCCAUGUUCAAGAGCGCGUGUCCAACCGCGUACAGUUACGCUUACGACGAUGCCUCCAGUACCUGUACCUGUUCCGGGUCGAAUUACUUGAUCACCUUUUGCCCAACCGGGUCAUCCCUUUGAUUAAUUAAUUAAUUAUUAAUAUAUAUAUUCUAUUGUAGGAAGCUUUCUUAAAUUAAAUUAUGUGUUAGUACGAGUUUUUUUCUUUUUUUUUUUUAGGAAAGUGUUAGUACGAAUUUUAAUUAGCAUUCCUAUGUGAUCGGAUAAAACUAAAUAUUUUAUUUUUUUAUGUAUUGGAUUGGAUCUGAUAAUUAAAUACUAAGAUCUACCGUAUCAUUGACAUUAAUUUAUUAUUUACGAUAUUUUAUCUUCACAUUUGUUUUCAUUAUUGGCAUUAUAUUUACAUAUAAAAAAAUAUGAGUGUACUUUUAAUUUAUUAUCAAUAAAUGGAUAUUAUUAAAAAAAA